AGAUCUGCCAUGGAGCGUUUUUCACUCCUCUGUUUCUUUAAGGUUUUUUAGCCCCGAUCUUGUGCCAUGGAGUCUCGGAUCGGCUCUCUAGCGCUUUCUGGAAGAUAGAUCUGAGCCAUUUGGUGUGUUCAAACAUAGAAACGGUGCUCUGUUUCCAAUCGUUUUGUAGAGCUAGUCCGCCGCGUCAACCGGAUUUCCUAGGUGCCAGUGGGUGCAGUGGCCCUCACGACGUGUUCUCGAUUAUGCCUGCCGGCAAUUGAUGAUGUCCUCUACUACGAUCAGUUUGAAGAAUGUUUUUAAAUGCAAGCAAAGGAAGGAGAGGGAUCAUUGCCAUGGGACAGGUACGGUCUUAUGUUCCAUUUAGUCGAGGAUGGUAAUCAGGCAUUUCAAGCAAAUCAAUUUCAGGACACUAUGCUUUAUCGACAUGACAACAGAUGUUUGACUUGCAAGUUCGGGGUGUUGCGCGAAGCUGUUAUCUCAACUCUACGCUAGAUAUUUUACUUGUUUCAUCGAUUUUAGUAAUUUUAGUGUUUUUCUCUGUUAGAAUUUACUAUUUUUUUAAUUUUGCUUUGUACAUUUUUAAUUUUUGGUUUUUUUAUUAUUUCAACUUUUAUGUAAUUUAAUUUCCUAGAGUAUGUUAGGAGUAUCUUUGCUGGCUGCGUGAUAAAAUGGUUAGAUUUAGUGCUUUUUUAACAUUGUUUGCAUGCUAGAAAAGAUAAGGAAAAAAAAAAAAAACUGUAUC